AUGCAUCGGUUUUUGUCCAAAGCUCUCAGUUUCUUUGGAAAGCGGACCAUGUCAGAGGAUGAGAAGGAGCAGCACAAGUGUCUCCUGGAAGUUGCCUCCAACCCAAAUAGUGCCAUUCCUGCUUCUUUGUCCCCCAUCCUCACUCCGGCCUACUACUUUCUCAACCUCCAUGUUCAGAUGCCCCUCAUUCAAUUCGUCCGCAUUCGCUACCCGGAUUUCCCACUGCCUCUCCCACGAUUCUCAUCUCGCAACCAUACAACAACACGCCCCCACUCCUGUUUCCUAUGUGUUUACAUUGCAGAGACCAUCAAGGUAAAAGCUGUGAAAGGAGUUGUGACAAGAGUCUUUAAUGACCAUGGCUGGAUUGAUGAGUCCAUUUUCUUCAGUAAGGAAGAUGUGACUGGCAAUGUCCCUUUGCACAUUGGACAAAAAGUUAUUGCCAUAGUGGAGGAAGAUGAAACAGGCCGUGGAUGGAAAACAAUCAAAGUGGAUGCUGUCUGUGAAGAUUAUUGUGAUGGACCAUCAGCAUCCAAUCUUACCUUUGGCUCUGUUACUUCUGGAGUGGGUGUUGAUAAGUAUAUUAAGCACACAACUUGCUUCUCUCUGGAUGUUGUUUGUAAAGAUUUUGAGCCUUACGAGGGUGACCUGCUGGAGGUUGUGUUUUCCUUCCAGGCAGAAAUGCAGCGCAGGCAGGCCGUGUCUGUGAAGCCUCUGAGACACAAGCAUGUGUAUGAGGUCGUCAUUACCUGUGUAUAUGGAAGAGAUGGAGUGGUGGACAACAGUAUCUUUUACACCUUGGAUUCUCUGGAAGUUCCUGCUGGAUAUGAACCUCAGAUACAUGACCUUGUCAACGUGCUGGUAGUGGAGAGUGCUCAGCCUGGCUUCUCUUGGAGAGCAAUCUCCAUGACCCCAGUGCACAUGGGAUAG